GAGGGCACAGGUCCAGACCUUAACCUACCUACACAGGAGGGCACAGGUCCAGGCCUUAACCUACCUACACAGGAGGGCACAGGUCCAGGCCUUAACCUACCUACACAGGAGGGCACAGGUCCAGGCCUUAACCUACCUACACAGGAGGGCACAGGUCCAGGCCUUAACCUACCUACACAGGAGGGCACAGGUCCAGGCCUUAACCUACCUACACAGGAGGGCACAGGUCCAGGCCUUAACCUACCUACACAGGAGGGCACAGGUCCAGGCCUUAACCUACCUACACAAGAGGGCACAACUCCAGGCCUUAACCUACCGGCACAGGUCCAGGCCUUAACCUACCUACACAGGAGGGGCACAGGUCCAGGCCUUAACCUACCUACACAGGAGGGGCACAGGUCCAGGCCUUAACCUACCUACACAGGAGGGGCACAGGUCCAGGCCUUAACCUACCUACACAGGAGGGGCACAGGUCCAGGCCUUAACCUACCUACACAGGAGGGGCACAGGUCCAGGCCUUAACCUACCGGCACAGGUCCAGGCCUUAACCUACCUACACAGGAGGGCACAGGUCCAGGCCUUAACCUACCUACACAGGAGGGCACAGGUCCAGGCCUUAACCUACCUACACAGGAGGGCACAGGUCCAGGCCUUAACCUACCUACACAGGAGGGCACAGGUCCAUGCCUUAACCUACCUACACAGGUCCAGACCUUAACCCAUGCACACAGGUCUAUUCCAGAGAAUUUACAGCUGUGUGCACAGGUCUAUACCAGAGAGUACAUGACCAUGUAGACAAGAGAGCACAGUUGUGCACGCAGGUCUAUACCAGAGAGAAGAGACAGCCAUGCACACAGGUCUAUACCAGAGAGAAGAGACAGCCAUGCACACGGGUCUAUACCAGAGAGAAGAGACAGCCAUGCACACGGGUCUAUACCAGAGAGAAGAGACAGCCAUGCACACAGGUCUAUACCAGAGAGAAGAGACAGCCGUGCACACAGGUCUAUACCAGAGAGAAGAGACAGCCAUGCACACAGGUCUAUACCAGAGAGAAGAGACAGCCGUGCACACAGGUCUAUACCAGAGAGAAGAGACAGCCAUGCACACAGGUCUAUACCAGAGAGAAGAGACAGCCAUGCACACAGGUCUAUACCAGAGAGAAGAGACAGCCAUGCACACAGGUCUAUACCAGAGAGAAGAGACAGCCAUGCACACAGGUCUAUACCAGAGAGAAGAGACAGCCAUGCACACAGGUCUAUACCAGAGAGAAGAGACAGCCAUGCACACAGGUCUAUACCAGAGAGAAGAGACAGCCAUGCACACAGGUCUAUACCAGAGAGAAGAGACAGCCAUGCACACAGGUCUAUACCAGAGAGAAGAGACAGCCAUGCACACAGGUCUAUACCAGAGAGAAGAGACAGCCAUGCACACAGGUCUAUACCAGAGAGAAGAGACAGCCAUGCACACAGGUCUAUACCAGAGAGAAGAGACAGCCAUGCACACAGGUCUAUACCAGAGAGAAGAGACAGCCAUGCACACAGGUCUAUACCAGAGAGAAGAGACAGCCAUGCACACAGGUCUAUACCAGAGAGAAGAGACAGCCAUGCACACAGGUCUAUACCAGAGAGAAGAGACAGCCAUGCACACAGGUCUAUACCAGAGAGAAGAGACAGCCAUGCACACAGGUCUAUACCAGAGAGAAGAGACAGCCAUGCACACAGGUCUAUACCAGAGAGAAGAGACAGCCAUGCACACAGGUCUAUACCAGAGAGAAGAGACAGCCAUGCACACAGGUCUAUACCAGAGAGAAGAGACAGCCAUGUAAAUGAGUGCCUCAUUCCUCCUGAAAAGUGAAAGUGAAGGCAGUUGCCUCGGGUGUUCCUGCAUGCCUUUUGGUAUAUUAGAGUACAGUCAAAGUGAAGGAAAUCCAUUUUCCCAUUCUUCAUAUAUUCUCCAUGCUCUGGGUUGUUGGUUCCCUUUUAGUAAAGAUUCUAUAGAAUUUGAUCCAUAGUGUUAUUUCCUUUUACACGGGUGUUCCAGUCGUGUCUACCUGUUGGUCUUUCGGGUGGAUCUGAUUGGCCGUUC